CUUAGGAAAGUUUGUUUGUUGAUUCUCUCUCUCUUUGUCUCUCUGUCUCUCUCUAACAUCAGCUUAAGCAGGGCCUCAAAAGCUAGCCUAGCGUUGGAAGAAUCUUCUCUCUCUCUGUACAAUCUCUGAAUCUUCAUUCGAGUCAUAAGGGCUCAGCCCAUGGGUUCCAAUCCAGUUGAAGAUCUGAUAGAGGCUUCAUCACGGGUUCAUCUUUCUGGAUUUCACUUGAAUGGAUUGGACUCUAGAAAUUCAGAGGAGGAGCGACCAACAACCUCGGCAACUGAAAAUGCGCAUAAGCAACCUUUUGUCAUUGGAGUUGCUGGGGGCGCAGCAUCAGGGAAGACUACAGUUUGUGAUAUGAUCAUUGAGCAACUUCAUGAUCAGCGUGUUGUACUUGUUAACCAGGAUUCCUUUUAUCACAAUUUAACUCCAGAGGAGCUUACAAGAGUUCAUGAAUACAACUUUGACCAUCCUGAUGCUUUUGACACCGAGCAAUUAUUGUGUGCUAUGGAGAAGCUGAAGCAUGGGCAACCAAUAGAUAUUCCAAAAUAUGACUUCAAGAGUUACAAAAACAUCUGCCCAGCUAGAAGGGUUAAUCCUUCAGAUGUGAUUAUUUUGGAAGGUAUACUCAUUUUCCAUGAUCCUCGUGUCCGAGAUUUAAUGAGCAUGAAGAUCUUUGUUGAUGCAGAUGCUGAUGUACGCCUGGCAAGGAGAAUAAGGCGCGACACAGUUGAAAAGGAUAGAGAUAUCGGUAUGGUGCUUGAUCAGUACUCAAAAUUUGUGAAGCCUGCUUUUGAUGAUUUCAUUCUUCCAACAAAGAAGUAUGCUGAUAUUAUCAUUCCCCGCGGGGGAGACAACCAUGUAGCAAUUGAUCUGAUUGUUCAGCAUAUUCGGACAAAGCUUGGUCAACAUGAUCUUUGUAAAAUAUAUCCUAAUCUGUAUGUCAUUCAAUCAACUUUUCAGAUACGUGGUAUGCACACACUCAUACGUGAUGCUCAGACGACGACACAUGAUUUCAUCUUUUAUUCUGAUCGGCUGAUUCGUUUGGUUGUUGAACAUGGCCUGGGACAUCUUCCUUUUACAGAAAAGCAGGUGAUCACUCCAACUGAGUCAGUGUACACCGGUGUGGAUUUCUGUAAGAGGUUAUGUGGUGUCUCCGUAAUUAGAAGUGGCGAGAGCAUGGAGAAUGCUUUGCGAGCAUGUUGUAAAGGUAUCAAGAUUGGGAAGAUUCUUAUUCACAGAGAGGGUGACAAUGGUCAGCAGCUGAUUUAUGAAAAACUGCCGCAAGACAUCUCAGAGAGGCAUGUUCUAUUGUUGGAUCCCAUCCUAGGCACAGGGAAUUCAGCUGUUCAAGCUAUUUCAUUACUUUUGAAGAAGGGUGUACCAGAGUCCAACAUCAUAUUCCUUAAUCUCAUAUCUGCACCUCAAGGAGUGCAUGUGGUUUGCAAGCGGUUUCCAAGAAUUAAGAUUGUGACCUCAGAAAUUGAAAUUAGUUUAAAUGCAGAUUUCCGUGUUAUACCUGGCAUGGGCGAGUUUGGGGACCGAUACUUUGGCACAGAUGAUGAUUGACCACCAAGCAAUGGACCUCCUUUUUUUUUGGGAUGUGACAAUGGGUCCUCACUAUAGUUUUGGAAGGGAUGUAUAUUUGUCCAACCCAAUCAUAAGUUAAUUGCCCAGAGAACAGUUUGCUGAACUUUUUUUUUUUAACCAAUAAUGUCAUUAGUGCUGGACAUUUCUGUUUUGAAAUAUUUUUGGCUUCAAUAGACUUGCAUUUCCCAGCUUUCUCUGCUGUUUUAAACACGAGGCACACGCGAGAUUGUUUGGUGGGAUGCGUGAUUUACGCGAAUUGUGUUGGAUGUGUAUGGGAUUGUUGUCACGGGUGGUGAGGUUAUAUGUCCCCUUUAGUUUGCUAACCCUGUAUUUUGUGGUCUAGGCUGGUGUAAUCUUUCCAUUGACUGCUUGAAACUGAUUAGCUCCCUUCCUAUACUGUGUCAGCCCAGGCAGCUUAUAGUUGAUGAUGGUAUUAGAGGUACGUGUAUCAUUUAGUUGCUUUUGAAGUGAGGAGAAACAUUAGCACAAUGUAAGGUUGUUCCCUUGAUUGGAGUCGUUCGAGUUGUGAAAUUCAGUCUCUGCAUGUGUGAAAUAAUAUUCAUAUGAAUCUGAUUUACUCAAACUCGUUCUGAGAAAUAUCAAUGUAUUAUAGAUUGAACUACUUUUUUUAUUCUUUUUGCUUUUGAU